CUGUUUUAUUCUUUUCUGUUCAAAAGGCUUGUUUUCAGGGGCUGCGGAUUUAGCUCAGCGGCAUAAGCAACUGCUUUGCAAGCAGGCAGUCGUGAGUUCAAUCCCUGGAACCGAUAAAAAGUUAAAAAGUAAUUAAAAAAAAAAAAAAGGCUUGUUUUCUCCCUCAUGGUACCUGCUUCUCCAUAGAAGAUCCUAAAAGAAUUCAUCUCUGUGCUGUCUCUGCGUGUCCCUUACCUCCAGUUCCCCGUGCUAGUGACCUCAGCCAGGGCUCCAGUCAUGUAAGGAUUGGUCAGGUGCUUCCCCACCGUGAUGCUAGCAGCUUGGUGGUGGUGGCAAGUCAGGUGACUCUCCGGGGGACUCAUCUUCCAGAGGUGACUGUGGGGCUGGGGUGGCAGCUAUCGACCUGACAGUGGAAAGUAUUUUAUUUUAUUAUUAUUAUUAUUAUUUUUUUUUUUUUUGCCGGUACCGGGGAUUGAACUCACGACCGCCUGCUUGCAAGGCAGGUGCUUAUGCCGCUGAGCUAAAUCCCCAGCCCCAAUGUGGAAAGUAUUUUAGCUCAUCAACUGCAUUGCCAGCGCUGCAGCCCAGACAUAUGACAUAACACUUCGUGCUCCUGCCAGGCAGAACGACUCACCUGGGAGCACUAGUGUGAAUGCCAAAAUGUUUCGGUUUUCACGGUUUGUGUGUAUAUACACUUCUAAUUUAACAAGUGCUUAUUGAGUGUCUUCCUGAAAAAAAUAUUGAAAAAGACCAAAUAAAAAUUCCUGGAAAAUUUGAGACAAAGCCUACUAUAAUUUUGUCUCCCUCUUUAGAAACUCCAGCAUUUAUUUCAUAGUCCUCAUUAUUUUUUUCAUUUUGAAACUUUUUAAAUUUGCAGAAAAUAAAAAGGCCAAUUGGUAGUAUUUUGCUUCAGCUUUCCCUGUUGAACCAUUUGAAAGCAGGUUACAUAAAUUACUACACAUCUGGAAACUUUGCCUCUAAAUGCAUGCAUAUCUUAGGCAUUAGAGUACUUCCUCAUGUAACCACGCAUCAUUAUCAGACCAUUAGCAAUAAUCUGGUAAUGCCAUCUGUGUAUCACCAUCUGCAAACACAUCAUUUGGUACAUAUUUACACCUCCCUGUCUGAAAAUUUUCUUUCAGAAAUUGUUUUUGAGAUAGGGUCUCUCUGUGUAGUUCACAAUGGACUUAAAUUCAUAGCCAUCUUCCUGCCUCAGCCUCCCAAGUGCUGGGAUUAUAGGUAUGUGCUACUAUGCUUGACUUCAUUCAGAGCGCUUUGAAAUCCAAAACCCACUCAACAGUCAUGCACUCCAUUUAGUUAUUAUGCUUCUUACUUGUAAUCUAGAACAGACACCACCACUCUACCCACUCCUGGCCCCCUAGUCUCUCCAGAUUGAACCCAAGGCCUUCACACUGAGAUUCAUCAUCAGCAUUUUUUAUUUUGAGACAAGGUCUGGCUAAGUCGCUAAAUUGUCCAGGCUGAACUGAAACUUGUGAUCCUUCUGCCUCAGCCUCCCAGAGUGCUGGGAUUACAAGUAUGUGCCACCAUAACUGGCUCUUUCAUUUGCAAGACUUUGACUCUUUUGAAGAAUCCAUGUCAGUUGUCACCAGCUGACUUGUAUGACAUCAUACUGCCUGGAUCUGUUGGAUCAUGACUGGGCUUGGGGCAUACGUCUUUGGCAAGAGGACAGCUGGGAUGGUCAUCUGUCUCUCCAACAUAUCACUCCAGGAGACUCUGUCAGGUGGCUUCUCCUGGGGAGAUGCUAAGCUUGGACAUUUGGUGAAGGUUAAAGUUACCCUAAUGUUUUUUGCUAAGAACCAGAGAAACCAAAGUCUUUCAAAUGAUACUUGGUAGCAGAAAUUGUUUGCAGUGGUCACAGACUGGAGUUUGAUUCUUAAUUCUCUGUCCUUCCCUUUCUUGGAAAGAUUCUAGCUGAGAACGGCAUCUUAAAAGAAGGCUAGCUUAAUCAGUGCCCACCUGGCAGGGGUGAGGUUGUGAGUUCUAUCCCUGGUACAGGAAGAAGAAGAAGGAGGAGGAGAAGGAAGAGGAGGAAGGCUGACUUGUAGAACUCUACCUAACUGAGCACCACAUUUAUACAGCUUAUUUAUGGGUGUCACCGUCACACUGUUACUGUAUUCCUGUGUACCCUGCUUCUGCAGAGUCCCUUCCCAGGCCAAUUCAUCCAUAGUGACCCUCAUACAAAGCACCCUGGUAGAUCCCCCACUACCUCUCUUGACUUGCAGCCUUUCAGCUUUUCUGGUUUUUUGAGGGCGAAGUUCCCCAUGCAGUGAUAAUAUAUGCGUAACACUUGCGAUCAUUUCUCUUAGCUCAGAGGUUCCUGUGUCCACAGGCUGCUCUAGCAGGUGGAGGGGGUGGGAAGGAAGAGAGGCCUCUGGUGCCCAAGCUGUCUGUCUUGGACUCUUCCCAGGACUGUGACUCUGCAGAAGCUUUCUGCAGCUACACAGUCUACAAGGGUAUUUCUUAACCAAAUGGUUACUAUUUUGAAGGUCUUUUAUUUCUUUUUGGAGUCAUUAUGUGAUUUUGUGUACUGCCAAAUUCAAGGCCGUUCUCGGUAAAAUCGAGAAUAACACAACCAGGAAACAAAAAUCACCCAGAUUGCCUGAAUCGAAGGAGAUUUCAUGCAGGAAACUGGUAGCACGUGGCAGGACAGUCAAGAAGCCAAACAGAUAAAAAGAUGGUCGAUGAGACAUUAGCAACUUCCCAAGGUCAGGCGAGGAGGAAAGGAAUAGGGGGAGCAGAGUGUCGGAGUCACCAGGAGAAACCCCAGGAUGUCUCUGCUUCCUCGGGGAGUCCCACUGACCAAAUGUGCUGGAGGCCAGCUGACCUGUCUGGGGAUGAGCGCUCAGACACCAGCCCUGGGCCUGGGGAGUAACUGAGGCAUGUAAGUGCCUACCUGGCAAGCAUAAGGUCCUGAGUUUGAUUCCCGGUACCAUGAAAAGAAGAAAAACAAAGAAAGAAAGAAAGAAAGAAAGAAAGAAAGAAAGAAAGAAAGAAAGAAAGAAAGAAAGAAAGAAAGAAAGAAAGAGAGAGAAAGAAGCCAGCCCUGCCACUGGGAGAAGGGCAGAAUGAGGACAAACAGCUCUCAGCCCGCAUAGUCAUCUGUCCCUGGGACUAGUCAUGUGUUCCUGAGUCAUCAGUGUGAAAUUUUUAACCCAACCUUCCUUUUACUUGUUUAAUUAGUAUCAUGAUAGAGUCAUCCCUCCAGCCAAAUUAUUCACUUUUUUCCCCCUGCUUUGUGUAGCUGUUGAUUUAUCUUGGAGAAGAUCAUAAGAACAACAACCACUUCUCCAGCUCAUUAGUGUCUGAAACUCAAAAAUAAUAUUUAUGUUAUUAAGUACAUUUACAGUUAACAGGGCACUUUCAUGUAUAUUACACUAUGUGAUUCUCAUAAAGCUCUGUGAAUAGUUAUUAUUAUUUUUUUUAUUUUAUUUUUUUUUUUUGUCUUUUUGAGACAGGGUCUCACUAUGCAGUACACACGGGCCGUGAGCUCACUUUGUAGCCCAGGCCGGUCUCAAACUCACAACGAUCCUCUUGCCUCAGCCUCCCGAGUGCUGUAUUAUCCCUUAUUUAUAGAAGGGUCAUCUGAGUCUUGGAGACUAUACAAAUUGCUCAGGUAUAAAUAAGAAAUAGGGGGUGGGGAUUUAGCUCAGCGGCACAAGCUCCUACCUUGGAAGCAGGCAGUCGUGAGUUCGAUCCCCGGUACCCAUAAAAAAUGAAAAAGACCAAAAAAAAACAAAGAAAUAAUAUAGCAAGAAUUCAAACUCUGGGCUGUCAGUUUUCAAAGUAACCUUCCCACCGUAUUCCACUGCUUCUGGCCAGAAAGAGUUGCUCUGGGAUGAGGCUUGACUUUUUUUCCUGAGUUGGGUGGCUACAUUUAGGAGGAAGGAGAGGGUAUAUUUUAUAUCUGCAAAAUUCUUUGUGACCACAGGUGCAAACUACUUUCCUAAGGGGGAUGCCAGGGCUGUGCAGCACUCAUCUGAAGUUACACUGCACUUCAGCAACCUCGCUCCUGCCCUUUACCCAUCGGGACUCAGCCCCUCAGUGGCAGCCCCGUGUUCCAGCCCAGGCUGACACAGAGAGGAAGUCUGUCUUCCGUUCCCAUCUCCCCAUCUCUCUUCAAAACAACAUUGGACAGCCAGUGAAAUUAAAAUGUCAGAUAAAUAAUUUUUUAGCAUAAGUGUGUGUCUGACAUUCAAAUGCUGUCUUGGCACUUGCUAAAUCUGGCAGCCUUGUGUUGAUCAAGGUGGGCGGUGAUCCCAGGAUGUGUGGGAGGAAUCAGAACACAGGAAGGAGCCCACUUGGCUGUGCUUUCGCCAUCUGUGUCCCCGAAGGCCGGGAGGCCGUAAUCCCUGCACAGUUGCAGGAGUAGAAGGAGGGCUUGGAGGGGAUUCCGGAUCCAGCAAGCUGGGUUCUGAAUCACAGGUUCUCUCCCGGGGCCAGAGAAGUGAGCUGGCCUUAAGUGAAGGCUGAGACUGACUCACCUGGUUUCACUUAGCUUUUCUGGUGCUGUUUUCACCGGGGAGUGUUCAGAUCUUACCAGGAAGUUAAAAUUAGUCCUCGAGAUGGGUAAACUUGAGGUGGGUGAAGAGGGGAAGAGGAAGGGACAGAAGGCAGCCUUGAGGGUCAGCAGAUGUGUGAGUGGAUGGAGCAGAUGGAAUGCAGGCCGGGUGCUUGUCCGAAUGCUGAGGAAUCAGAGCUGAGGGGAAGCCACAAGUCCCAGCUCUCCCAACAGGAGGGCAGUCAGCGCCAUGGUGCACACAGGGGAGAAGGUUCUGCCUACUCAUCCUGGAACGCAGGGAAUGGGUCCUAGAGCUGCUCCUGGCCCUGUCACUCAGUUCACCUGGAACCUUAACAGGCCCUGAUGACCUCUGGGCUUUUGUCUGUUUCCUCGGUAAAAUGUGAUGGAGGUAGAGAAGGUUGCACGGCUCCUCUCAGCUCUAAAAUUCUGCUGAUAAAGGUGCCAUUUCAAGCCUCCUCAUGAUUACUAUUCUGUGUGCCCUGGCAAGGCGAGAGGGUUGAGGGCCACCCUUUAUCAGUGAUCUUUGUUAUAUCUGAAGGUCAUUUUUUUUUUGUCGAGUUUUUUCCUCUACCCAGGGGAAAUAUCAAAAUUCUUCUGUUUUCUUUUUCAAAACAGGGUCUUGCUAUGUAGCCUACACUGGCCUUGAACUCGUCAUACCAUAAUGCCUGGAAAAAAUUCUUCUUUCAAAGUGCUAUGUUCAAGUGCAUUAACCAUCGAGACCUUUUUCUUUUUCUUCCUCUGUGUGAACUGUAUCAAAUUGAACCCAGGACAUACUAGGAAAGCACUGUACCUACCAAGCUAUAUCUGUAACCCCCAGAUCUAUGCUUUCUUUUUUUUUUUUUUUUUUUUUUGUCUUUUUCAUUUUUAUCGGUACCGGGGAUCGAACUCACGACCGCCUGCUUGCAAGGCAGGUGCUUAUGCCACUGAGCUAAACCCCCAGCCCCUAUGCUUUCUUAAUUAAUUAAUUAAUUAACUAAUUGACAAAGGGUCUUGCUAGGCAGUUCAGACUGUUUUGAACUCACUAUGUAGCCCAGGCUGGCCUGGAACUCUUGAUGAUCCUCCUGCCUCAGCCUCCUGAGUGCUGUGGAUUAGAGCAUACACCACCACGGCCAGUUCCUCCGCACAUACGCAUUGAACUUGUGCAGUACACCAGGCUGAAUUAAACUGGAGGGAGGAAAACUUCCACAGAAUUACAAAGCAAGCGAUACUCCAGGUGUCCUAAGACCUGUUUUCAGUUCUUUGUUUCUCCUUUCGUCCUAGACUCUAGAGCUUCAGAGGUCAGUUUCCUGUCCAUUAAAUGGCAAAGGCAAAAUGAAAACGAUCUCUUUCAAUAGGUUCAUGGAAAGUGCUGGUUUGUUUGUUUGUUUUGUCUUUUUGAGACAGGGUUUCACUUUGCAGUUCAGGCUGGUCUCGAACUCCCAACAAUCCUCCUGCUUCAGCCUACCCAAUGCUGGGAUUCCAGGUGUGCAACGCCACACCCAGCCGAAAGUGUUAUUUAACAUGGGUGAUUUGAAUAAUGUGUGGGUUUCCACCUCCAUGAGCUAUGGGCCUCUGAGACCAGACCUCACUGGGAACUGACUCCUACCCAAUGCAAAGCAGCCUUCUGGGAUGUCCUUGUCUCACUGCUUCUUCCCUGCUUCUGUCCACAGUGUUGCACUUGAGAUGGAGCUGCUGCCCCUGUGGCUUUGCCUGGGUUUUCACUUCUCGACCCUGCAGUGGAAGAAUGGAAGUGGGGCCGCCACAGCAGCUUUCCAAGGGGGCUGCAAGUUGGUGGGUGUCACUGCUGACUGUCAAGGGCAGAACCUAGCUUCGGUGCCCCCCAGCCUCCCGCCUCACACCCGGGUGCUCAUCCUGGACGCCAACCCACUCAGGACACUGUGGAAUCACUCCCUGCGGCCGUAUCCUCUCUUGGAGAGCCUCAACCUGCGCAGCUGCCAGCUGGUGCGUAUUGGCUACCAUACCUUCCAGGAGCAAGGCCUCCUGAUCAGCCUGGGCCUGGCCGACAACAGCCUCUCGGAGAACUACAAGGAGACAGCAGCUGCUCUGCGCACCCUGCAGGGGCUGCAGAAGCUGGACCUGUCUGGGAACUCCCUGACGGAAGACAUGGCGGCCCUCAUGCUCCAGAACCUCUCUUCCCUGGAGGCUGUGUCUCUGGCCAGGAACACCCUCAUGAGGCUUGAUGAGUCUGUCUUUGAGGGCUUGGAGAACCUCAGGGAACUGGAUUUACAGAGGAACUAUAUCUUUGAGAUAGAAGGGGGCGCUUUUGAUGGCUUAACAGAGCUGAGACGCCUCAACCUGGCCUACAACAACCUCCCCUGCAUCGUGGACUUUGGCCUCUCCCAGUUGCGUGUCCUCAACGUCAGCUACAACAGCCUUGAGUGGUUCCUGGCAUCCAGGCAAGAGACCACUUUUGAGCUGCAGACACUAGACUUGUCUCACAACCAGCUGUUGUUUUUCCCUCUCCUACCCCCGCGCAGCAAAUUACACAGCCUUCUGCUGCAGGACAAUGACAUGGGCUUCUACAAGGACCUGUACAACACCUCCUCCCCACAGGAGAUGGUGGCCCAGUUCCUCCUGGUGGAUGGCAAUGUGACCAAUGUUACUACCGUCAGCCUCUGGGAGGAAUUUGCUUCCAGCGACCUAGCAGCUCUUCGCUUCCUAGACAUGAGUCAGAACCAGUUCCAGUACCUGCCUGAAGGCUUUCUGAAGAAAAUGCCCUCCCUGGCCCACCUGAACCUCAACCGGAACUGCCUAGCCACGCUGCACUUUCGAGAGCGUGAGCCCGUGGACGCCCUGGCAGAGCUGGACCUGAGCCACAACAUGCUGUCUGAGCUGCACUUGGCCGCGGGCCUCGCUGGCUGUCUCAGGAGCCUCCGCCUGCUCAACCUGAGCGACAACCAGCUCCUGGGCAUCCCCGCGGGCCUCUUUGCAGAUGCCAAUAACCUCACUACCAUUGAUCUGAGCCAUAAUCAAAUCUCUCUUUGUCCCAGGCCGCUUCCGGUUCAGGUACCACUUCCGCUUCCGGUCCCUUCCAAACAGCAGAGCGCCCCCAAUUGCGUGGACUUCCGGAAUAUGGUGUCUCUGAGGAGGCUAUCUCUGGAAGACUGUGGGCUAAGAGUGUUCCAGGACUGCGCCUUCCAGGGGACCCCUCUCACUCACUUAGACCUGUCUGGCAACUGGGGAGUCCUGAACGGAAGCAUGGCCCCUCUCAGGGCCAUUGCCCCCACAUUGCAGGCUCUGUCUCUGAGGAACGUGGGCCUCAGCCCCGCCUCCGCCAAAUUGGAUUUCUCAGGCUUUGAGCAUCUGAGGGAACUGGAUCUGUCAGGAAACUGCUUAACCAGCUUCCCAAGGCUCCAGGGGAGCCCAGCCCUGCGGACCCUGGAUCUCCGGCGGAACUGGCUCACCGCUCUGCCCGCCAGGGCCGAGUGGGAGCAGUUCUCAGGGAGCUUGCACACUGUCUACCUCAGCCAGAACCCCUACAACUGCUGCGGACUGGACGACCGAAUGGCCCUGCAGCGCCUGGACACCGUGGCUGACUGGGCCAUGGUCACCUGCAACCUUUCCUCCAAAAUCAUCCGCGUGGUGGAGCUGCCCGCAGGUGCACCACAGGGCUGCAAGGGGGAGCAGGUGGACAUGGGCCUGCUCUACCUCGUGCUCAUCCUCCCCAGCUGCUUCACCCUGCUGGUGGCCUGCACCGUCAUCGUCCUCACCUUCAAGAAGCCUCUACUGCAAGUAAUCAAGAGCCGCUGCCACUGGUCCACCAUAUACUGACUGUGGCUGCGUGCCAAGAGUAGUUAGAAAUUUGCCUCUUGAAAGGGUGGGUGUGGUGGCAUAUGCCUGUAAUCUCAUUACUCAAGAGCCUGAGGUGGGAGAGUUUCCGAGGAGUUCAAGGCCAGUUUAGCUACAUAGAGAGGUUAAGGCUCUCUAUGAACUGCAUGGCAAGACCCAGUCACAAUCAAGCGAACAAUAAUUGCAUAGGAGACUUUCUUUGCUAGAUUUUAAGAUCCUCUGCAGAAGGCGAGUCUCUUGAGUUGAAGAUUAAAUUAAAAUAGUAAAAUAUUUCCAUCCCUUGUUCCCUCAAGUCUUUCGUGCAUUCUUGUCAUUCAUGCUCAUCAUCCUGAUAAAAUAUUUAUUAAGAGACAUUCUAUGAAAAUAAAAGACAAACUUGUCACACAUAUGUUUUAAAUCAAA